AUGCUGAUGAUGUUGGUAGAGGAGCAGUCUACAACCAAGCACAGAUUGGAGACCCCACAGGAUGCCUUCCGAAAUCUUGAAGAGAAUGAGGACCCCCUUUUAGAGCUCUUACAGAAUCAAAGCAGCCCUGAAGCAAGCCAGGCGACCAGUCCAGAUAGACCACAACAAGACACUGUCACUAGAACCAGGAAACCAAGGAUUAAGUGGCCCAAGGCUUCAGACAAGACAUCAUGGACCCAACUGGACGAGGACCUAGUUAACAUCCUCGAAGCAUCCAUGCAAGGACCAGUAGACCCGAAGCUGUCCACCCUCACAACCUUGAUUUAUUCAGUAGGCAAGGAGAGGUUUGGACUAGAAGAGGAGAGAGUGCGAAAGGAACCUCGAAGACCAAACAGGCGGCAAGUCCGCAUCCAGAACUUGAGACGUGAACUCAAGCAGCUGAGACGAAGGUACUGUGCUAGUUCACUCACAGAGAGUAUUGGACUUACACAGCUCCGAGAUACAGUUCGGUCACAGCUGACAUCAUUACGGAAAGCCGAAAACAGAAGAAAGACACGGGAACGGGCAAAGAAGAGGGCAGCCUUCACAGCCAACCCAUACAAGUUCGGCAGAUCUCUUCUCGACAAAGAAAGGUCAGGAAAGUUGGAAACUCCACUAGAGAAAGUAGAGAACUACCUUCAUGUGACCCAUUCUGACCCCAAUCGAGAGGACGUGCUAGGAGACUGCGACCGAAUAGAUCCAGCGAAGGAACCCGAAAAACAGCUGAAUGCGACGGAACCAACGCUAGGCGAGGUGAAGGAAGCUGUGAAAAAGGCCAGAGCUGCCUCAACGCCAGGACCCAAUGCCAUCCCGUACAAAGUGUACAAGAUGUGCCCACUACUUCUCAAGCGUCUAUGGAGGCUUCUCAAAGUAGUCUGGAGGAAGGGGGAUGUAUCAGAGGCUUGGAAAGAGGCAGAGGGGAUAUUUACACCAAAGGAACGCAAUUCCAAGACGGUCAACCAGUUCCGAACGAUCUCCACUUCGGUCAAGAAGGGAGGAGUGCCCGGUUUCUCCGGCUGUAUAGAGCACACCAGUGCUAUCACACACCUAAUAAGUGAGGCAAAGAAAGGGAGGAAAGAUCUCACUGUAGUUUUGCUCGACUUGACCAACGCAUACGGGUCCAUUCCACACCAGCUCGUCUAUACAGCGCUCCGACACUACCAUGUGGACGGCCACAUACAGAAAAUCAUCACCAGUUACCUUGAUGGAAUCAAGCUCCGGUUUACUGUUGGUGACCAGCUAACCAGAUGGCAGAGGUUGGUGAAAGGAAUCGUUACUGGCUGCACAGUUUCCGUGGUGCUCUUCAUCAUGGGGAUGAACCUGCUGAAAAAUGCUGCCCAACGAGAGACACGUGGACUAAAGUCAGGAAUCUAUCUCCCAUCUAGCAGAGGCUUCAUGGAUGAACUCACAUUGACGACUACAACACAUGUCCAAGCUAGAUGGAUGUUGACAGCCCUGACGGAUGUCGCUUCAUGGGGAAGAAUGAAGUUCAAAGCAGCAAAAUCCAGAUCUCUCGUCAUAAAUAAAGGACAGGCAACAGAGAGGUUCAAACUCUACGUACAGAACGAAGAGGUUUAUUCCAUAGUUACAAGUCCAAUUAAAUGCCUGUGCAAGUGGUUUGAUUCAAGCCUACAAGAUCGCGACAAUGUCAAGAAGUUAGAGCAACAGGUAGAGGAGGGUCUCAAGAAGAUAGACCGCUGCGGACUAUCUGGCAAGUUCAAAGCUUGGCUCUACCAGCACGCACUGCUCCCAAGACUAAUCUGGCCGUUGAUGCUUUACGAGGUACCCAGCACAACAGUGGAAGCCCUGGAGAGAACCACUAGUCGACACCUCAGGAAGUGGCUAGGAGUUCCACCCAGCUUUACCAGUAUUGGACUCUACGGGAAGAGCAACAAGUUACAGCUCCCGCUAUCUUCACUGGUAGAAGAGUUCAAGACAGCAAAAGCAAGACUUGUGUUGACCUUGAGGGACUCUCCGGAUGAGCUCAUCCGGGAGGCAGGGAUCCAAACCCGAACGAGCAGGAAAUGGUCAGCGACAGAGUCUGUGAGCCAGGCAGAGAACGCGCUCAAGCACAAAGACAUUGUCGGACUGACUGCUGUUGGACGUGAAGGAAUUUGUGCGAGAAAGGUGGUACUGUUAAGCCGAUCAGACCAGAAAGAGAGGCGUGCGAUGAUCCAGCCUGAGGUCAGGAGAGCAGAAGAAAAUGCCAGACAAGCAAGGGUUGUAGAAAUGGGAGCGCAGGGAGCAUGGACCACAUGGAAAACCGCAGACCAGGAAGUUGACCUAGGGAGACAUCUGGAAGGAAGAUAUAGAUGGAGGCAUGACUUGGUCCUCAGAGAGUUGGCUGACUGGCUAGAGAAGGAACGAAAGAAGGGACGUGUUAAUUACCCCCGCCAUGGGCACAUCGCUUUCGUCAAAUCGAGUGAGACCAUGAAGACACAGAAACCAACAAAAGCAUCAGUUCUUGAUGGCACGAGAGACUGGAAGAUGGAAAUCGACCUUGGUAGUAGGUUUGUUUUCCCAAACGUGGUUCAGACGACCCUACGACCAGAUAUUGUACUGCGGUCAGAGACAGGAAAGAAGCUCGUCACCAUAGAGCUGACAGUACCAUGGGAGGCAAGAUGUGAAGAGGCCUACGAGCGAAAGAAGGCAAAGUUCACAUAA